UUCCAUUUUUGUACUAGAGAGAGAAGAAAUUGAUUAAAGUAAAGAGAUCACACCAAAACGCUCUCUUCUGAAGAUCUGUGAUAAAGCAGAAGCAUCAAUGGCGUCUUCUUCUUCUUCUUCAAGUUUCUCCAUAUUAUCUAUCUGUUUCAUCGCACUACUACUACUAAUCUCAUCUUACGAAACAUCUGCUAGCGGCGACGCCGACUUGUUUCUCGGAUUGAUACCAAUUAAAUCCGGCUGCGGAAACAUCGGCGAGUGUCUCUCCGAAGAAGAGGAUGAAUUCGGUCUAGAUUCGGAGAUCAACCGUCGGAUCUUAGCGACGACUAAUUACAUUAGUUACGGUGCUUUGCAGAGGAACAGUGUACCUUGCUCAAGAAGAGGCGCUUCUUACUAUAAUUGUAGAUCGGGAGCUCAAGCUAAUCCGUAUAGCCGUGGAUGUAGCGCCAUCACUCGUUGCCGGAGUUAGGUUCUCUUUCUAUCCUUAUCUUUAUCAUCGUUUACUUUUGUUCAUGUUUUGUUGAAAUUGUUCGUAUAGAAGUGAAUAUGGAAAGUGAAGUAGGGAUCUGAUGAUGAUGAUGAUGAUUGGAAAAGAAGAGAUUAAACUAAACAAACAUAUUUGUUGUUCUUAUUAUUCUCGUAACAGAUUUGAAUUUCUGUAUGUGUCUAUCUGUGUAUCUUUCUAUAUAUUAUUAUUAUUAUUGUAUAAGUUCUUCAUCACUACCAAUUUGUCUUUUUGCAUAUA